UCCCUCCCCAGCAUCACAUAACGGGGCAUGAUGGCAUGACCUAUAAUGCCCUCACUUCCUAGCUGAAGGUGGGAGGGUUAGGAGAUCAAGGAAAUCUUCAGCUGCGUGCCGAGUUUAAGGCCAGCUGAAGCCACGUGGGACCUUGUCUUGGAAAAAGCCUUUCUCCUCCAUGCACUCCAUUGCUCAGCGAACUCAUACUUCAGAUCUCUGUUCAACACUCCUCCAGGAAGCCAUUCUUGCCUCCCCCAGUUGGAGAAGGUUCUUCUAAACCUUCCGAAGUCCCCUUGUUCCAGCCUAUUUACUCUGUUGAACUCAGACUACCUGUGGGGUUCUCAACAUGGGGCACACUUCUCUUCACCUCUCAGUCAAGCACUGUAACUCACAUGAACUUUUCAUUGGGUUGGAGAUUUUAGCUGGGAAAGAGAAAGAGGGAGAUCAAAGCAGGGUCUUACUCUAUAACCUAGGCUGACCCGGCACUCACUAUGUGCCUCAAGCUGGCCUCAAACCUAUGGCACUCUUUCUCCCGCAACCUCUCAAAUGCUGGGAUUACAAGUGUGAGCCUUCAGACCAGGCUUCUCUCAAACCUCAGCAUUUAUGCACAGGCCCCAAGACUAUCUCCUCUUUACAAAGGAAAAAACAGAGAGGGUGAUGGCUUGCCCAAGGCCACAGAGUCUCAGGAAAAGUCUGAGCUGGAUUUCGAAUGUAUUAGAACAGAUACUGCCUCAAAAAAAAAAAAAAGUAAAAUAAGAUUCACUAUCCUCUGAUUUCACUGGCACUGCAGAGGCAGUCAAAUAGGAGCUAAGUGCUGGGGACUUAGAUUCAGAUUCGGACCUUCAGUGAGACUUUUCAGGAGUAAAUUCCUGUGAACUUCAGUGUCCUCACCUGUAAAUGGACAUGAAACAAUACCUACUUUCCAGGGUGAUUGUUGGCUGUGGCCAGGGUGGAGGUGGGGAAGCACUUACAGAGUCUAGCCUAAGAGGAGUUCAAGAAGCUAGAAUUAGGAAGAUAGGCAGUAGGAGAGCUCUAAAGGGAGUGAGCAGUGUGGUCUGGAGAUGUUGCCAGAGGUCAGACUAGUCAUGGAUUCUCAUCAGAAAGAUUUUGGGUGUUCUCCUAAGGGAGUUGGAGCCAUGGAAGGCUGGGGCGGCUGCCAGCCUUACAGUGUUCUAGCAAGAUGCCUCUGACUGCCAUAUGGAAGGUAAACUGGAGGAGGGAGGAGGAACGUAAGUAAAGCAUCCGAGGAGGCUGAAGCUGUGAUCCAGGCAAGGGAAAUGAAGACAGCAACCUGAGUGUCAUUUAAGAGACUCAGUUGCUGUGGUUGGUUGUGUUUACAACAGGGUCUCACUACCUCGAACUUGAAAUUCUGAUCCUCUUGCCUCUGAGUACCAAGGGUUCAGAUUACAGAGAGAUUACAUCUUUCAGCCUGGUUUUGUGGUGCUGAGGAUGGAGCUCAAGCUCGGAGGAUGCUAGACAAGUACUCAACCAACCGAGCUACAUCCCUGGUCCUUUAAAAGAUAGUGCUGGGGCCUGACAUGAUGCUGCAAGCCUUCAAUUCCAACACUUGGGAGGCAGAGGCAGGUAGAUCUCUGUGAGUCCAAGGCCAGCCUGGUCUACACAGCAAGAUCCAGGCCAGUCAGGACUUCAUAGUGAGACCCUGUCUCAAAAAAAUAAAAAUUAUUUUAAAAAUGUUUUUGUUGAGCCCAGAACAAACACGACACAACUGAUACUUGCCCGAGACUUGAAAAACCGGGACGCCCUGUUAAUAAUCCAGAAAGGCUGAUUUGCAAAGUUCAAGCUUUAUUUGGUUUCCCUGAGGAACUACACAUUUUCCAGAAGGGUCACAGGGGCGACAGGAGGGAGACUUGUUCAAGGUCACAAGAGUAACAGGCAGCACCCAACUCCGGAACAGGUUCCCGGUUGGACAGGGUGCUGCCAUGAAAGCAGCCCCACCCGCCGAUGGCUUCGCAACUCUGUCACCAAGUCUAAACGAAUCCUGGGUCUCUAAGACCCAAGAAACUUCUGCUGCCUCAGAACUAACUUUGGAAGCAGGCGCCCUCCCAGCCAUCCACCCCCAACCCCAGCACUCCCUCCCUCCGCUUUCUGAUUGGCUCCUUCUAGGAGGGGCGUCUAGAUACCCUCUGGUCACCUUGUCCUCCCCGCGCUCUCCGGCGGGGGAGGUGGCGGGGGGGGGGGGCGCUGCGCAGGCGCGUCAGGAGUGCCUUUGGGGCCCGCGCUUUACGACACUUGUGCGGCAGCGGCGGCGGUCACUCGGCGCUCCUUCGCGACGGUUCGGCCUGGUGCCGCGAGCGGCCGUUGCCAGGGUGGGGGUCGCUUUGCGGCAUGGCGAUGGCGGAGGGCGAGCGGACUGAGUGUGCCGAGCACCCCCGGGACGAACCCCCGGCCGAUGGCUCUCUGAAGCGGGCAGAGGAGCUCAAGACACAAGCCAACGACUACUUCAAAGCCAAGGACUACGAGAACGCCAUCAAGUUCUACAGUCAGGCCAUCGAGUUGAACCCCAGCAAUGCCAUCUACUAUGGCAACCGCAGCCUGGCCUACCUGCGCACAGAGUGCUACGGCUACGCAUUGGGCGAUGCAACUCGGGCCAUCGAACUUGACAAGAAGUACAUCAAAGGCUACUACCGCCGGGCAGCCAGCAACAUGGCACUGGGCAAGUUCCGAGCUGCCCUACGUGACUACGAGACGGUGGUGAAAGUGAAGCCUAAUGACAAGGACGCCAAGAUGAAGUACCAGGAGUGCAGCAAGAUUGUGAAGCAGAAGGCCUUCGAGCGCGCCAUCGCAGGCGACGAGCACAGGCGCUCCGUCGUGGACUCUCUGGACAUCGAGAGCAUGACCAUUGAAGAUGAAUACAGCGGGCCCAAGCUUGAGGAUGGCAAAGUGACAAUCACCUUCAUGAAAGAACUUAUGCAGUGGUACAAGGAACAGAAGAAACUGCACCGGAAGUGUGCCUAUCAGAUCCUAGUACAGGUGAAAGAAGUCCUCUGCAAGCUGAGCACUCUGGUGGAGACGACGCUGAAAGAGACAGAGAAGAUUACAGUGUGCGGGGACACCCAUGGCCAGUUCUAUGACCUCCUCAACAUAUUUGAGCUCAACGGUUUACCCUCAGAGACCAACCCCUAUAUAUUUAAUGGCGACUUUGUGGACCGCGGCUCCUUCUCUGUUGAAGUGAUCCUCACCCUCUUCGGCUUUAAACUCCUGUACCCAGAUCAUUUUCAUCUUCUUCGAGGCAACCAUGAGACAGACAACAUGAACCAGAUCUACGGGUUCGAGGGCGAGGUGAAGGCCAAAUACACAGCCCAGAUGUAUGAGCUUUUCAGUGAGGUGUUUGAGUGGCUGCCACUGGCCCAGUGCAUCAACGGCAAAGUGCUGAUCAUGCAUGGAGGCUUGUUCAGUGAGGAUGGCGUCACCCUGGAUGACAUCCGAAAGAUUGAGCGGAAUCGGCAGCCGCCAGACUCAGGUCCCAUGUGUGACCUGUUGUGGUCAGAUCCCCAGCCACAGAACGGGCGCUCAGUCAGCAAGCGGGGUGUGAGCUGCCAGUUUGGGCCUGAUGUCACCAAGGCCUUCCUGGAGGAGAACCAACUGGACUACAUCAUCCGCAGCCAUGAAGUCAAGUCUGAGGGCUAUGAGGUGGCCCAUGGUGGCCGCUGUGUCACUGUCUUCUCUGCCCCCAACUAUUGUGACCAGAUGGGAAACAAAGCCUCCUACAUCCACCUCCAGGGCUCGGACCUGCGGCCCCAGUUCCACCAAUUCACAGCAGUGCCUCACCCCAACGUCAAGCCCAUGGCAUAUGCCAACACGCUGCUGCAGCUAGGAAUGAUGUAAAGCUGCCCACAGCAGUGAACCACGGCCUGCCCAGCUGGAUGGCCCUGCCUUCGGCCUACUGCCCCGCCCCAGGGCAACGUUGGACCCCCUUUACUUUGUAAAGUUUGUAUUUAUUCCCCUUUAGGUUGCAGAGGGGGUGGGGGCAGCGCGGGGCAGCCGAAGACAGGCUCCUGGUCAGAGGAAGGAGGAGUCGAGACUGGGUAGGGCACAGCUUGGGCAUUUGGAGGAAGGCCAACCUGGGUGGGGGUGGGACCAAGAGAAGGUCCUGCCCCCUCAUCUGCAUGGCUCCUCCCCUGGUAAAGCAAUAGGGCCCUACCAUAGGAAGACCCCAAAUGAGGGUCAUCAGGGAGGCCUCCUCCUGGUAGCUUCAGGGUGGGGCGAGGCUGGGCCACCCCCAGCUAUUUUAUGUUCUGUAAUUAAAUAUGUUAAAUAAAUAAAGUCAUUAUUGUAAGUCAAA